UAGAAAAUAUGGGUUAAUUGGCCCGAACCGGAGGCGGCGGCGCGGUGUGGCAUGUGAGCCGGAAUAGAUGUAACCCUAUUUCCUUUCCCAAAUGAAAAAGGAAUGGCUUUUGAAUCUCUUUGUUUUUGCAUAUAAAAGGAGCUUAGGAAUUAACAAGGGCAGUUGUGGAGGAGCUUAGGAAUAGGCAAGGGCUGCAGAGGAGGAGCUUUGGAAUUGACAAGGAAGGGCAGUAGAAGAAAGAUGAAGAUGAAGAAGAAGAAGAACAAUUCCAAUCCACCCUAUGAGGAAAAAUUAGCAACUACUUGUGCUCCAAAGAUACAGAAGAAGAAAUCCAUUGAAAAGUCCAAAGGCAAGUGCAUUAUGGAGCAUAUGGAUGUUGCUGAGGCCACUUUUCAUUUUAAUUACCCUUUCCAGGAUGACGUAAUUAUGGAGAUCCACUACAGGUUACCCUUCCGCGAUCUUCUUCAAUUCAAAUAUGUUUCUAAAUUGCGGAAUGCAUUAAUAUCUGAUCCUUACUUUGUCAACAAGCAUCGCGAUCGUGCCAAGAAUGAUCCACAUUCCCAAAAACUUCUUAUUUACCAACGUUCCCUUACGGAUCCUACAACUUCCAUCUAUUCUUGUCCUUUAUCAUCCUCCCUUCAACUGGUUAACAAAAUACAAAAACUUGAUUCCCCUUCAAGCUCUAUAGCCAUAAUCCAUUGUACUUAUAAUGGCUUGGCUGUUAUCCGUGUUUUCACUCCAGCUACUUAUAAAAACUCCGGACAUAUCCUAUCGAACCCCUCCACAAGAGAAUCAAUACUGCUUCCUCAACCAAUAUUUCCAGUACAGACUGGUUAUUCUUUAGGAUUGGGUUGUGACUCAACUAGUGGUGACUAUAAGAUCCUAAAUAUUCGCAGUCGCAGGCCCGUAGCAAAGUACCUGGUGAAAUUCUCUCGUUGAAAAGUGAUUCCGGGAGAACUAUUGAUAACCAUCCUCGUGGAAUUGAGAAUUUGCUGCAUUGUUCGGGUUCUGCUUUGGCAUUAGUAAACGAUGCAUUUCAUUGGGUCUGUAUCUCUGGAAACUAUUUCGAGGAUUCAAGAGCUUUCUCUUUGGUUUCAUUUAGUAUUUCAAAAGAAGUGUAUGCAGACAUACCAUUGCCAUUGCCAGAGCAAUUAUUACGCUUGGAGGGCAACAUCGGUAUUGGCGUUUCUGAAUUGGACGGAAUGCUUUGUGCUCAUUCUAUUUGUGAGCAUCAGAGGAUGCGCACAUUUAAGUUAUGGGUAUUGAAAGACUAUGGUGUCGGUGAAUCUUGGAUUGCAUUGUUUGUUAUAGAUGCUUUGGACAUUUUGAGGGCCAUACCAAAAUAUAGGUUUGCGGAAGGUGACGUGCUAUUCUCGUCCACCAAUUUGCUGGGUAAACCAACACAUUCAUUUUGGACAUCCAGAGGGUCAUUUGGAAUGUGUUAUGCCAUUCGGGGUGGAUUUGCUUUUACAGAAAGCUUGAUCUCUCCUAAAUCACUUAUUUAGUGUUUGCUCAUGUACGGUUGAGGAAAUCUUUUAUUUUACUCUUAUUAGUCUUAUCUAUUGCUCACCAGUAUUUAAGUUUCAAAAUUAUUACGGAAACUGCCGGCUUAAUUAUUUCAGUUUCUCAGAGAAUCAAUCAGAGCGAUUUCAUUGCUGAGAAAGAAGUGGUUGAUCCCAUCUUCUGUUUUGCUUAUUAGUGCUUGUAAUGGUAAUUCUUAUGAAUAUUGCAUUGACUGGACUUGUUGAGGAUGCUCUUGGAGAUUC